UUCAUUUUCUGUUCAAUUCUCCUUUUAUCUUCUUCUCUUUCUCUCUGUGCUACUUUUAUCAACGCUUCGUACGUUCUGAUUCGUCUUCUUCUUCUUCAUCAGUAGAGAGAAGAAACCCUCGAAAAUGGCGAAAGAGAAAGACCAAAACACUAAGGAUAAUAAAAACCUUCUAAUCUGUUUCUUAUGGAACUUCUCCGCCGAGCUCAAGCUCAUCCUAAUGGCGUUACUAGUUCUCUGCACUCUAGCUACUCUUCUUCCUUUCAUACCUUCUUCUUUCUCCAUCUCCGCUUCCGAGCUCAGAUUCUGCAUCUCACGCAUCGCCGCUCCAGACGCCGUCAAUUCCACCUCCCUCUCCGUCGUAAACAACCCGGGAUCAGAAAACGGCGUCAUAAAACGGCCGUUUAGUGACAACGCCGUAGUUGAUAACGGCGAUAUUAAACAGAAGUCGGUGCUGAUUAACGGCGAUACAAAACGGCCGUUUACUGACAACGCCGUAGUUAAUAACGGCGAUAUCAAACAGAAGUCGGUGUUGGAUAACGGCGAUACAAAACGGCCGUUUACAGACAAGACAGUAGUGGACAACGACGAUAUUAAACAGAAGAUUAACGGCGUUACCAAACGGUCGUUUACUGGUUACGGCUGGGCGGCUUACAACUUCGUGCUAAUGAACGCUUACAGAGGCGGCGUCAACAGUUUCGCCGUUAUCGGCCUCUCCUCGAAGCCGCUCCACGUCUACGCGCAUCCCUCUUACCGUUGCGAGUGGGUCCCACUCAACCAAUCCGAGAACCGAUUCCUAACCGACGGUUACAAAAUCUUAACCGAUUGGGGAUACGGCCGAGUCUACACAACCGUCGUCGUGAACUGCACUUUCCCAGCCACCGUAAACGCUAAAAACUCCGGCGGGACUCUUCUCCUCCACGCCACCACCGGAGACGCAGAUCGGAACAUCACCGAUUCGAUCCCCGCCCUCACGGAAGCCCCGAACGCCGUCGAUCUCGACCUCUACGACACCACCAACCACCGCCGCCGCCGGGAGAAAUACGAUUACCUUUACUGCGGCUCGUCUCUGUACGGUAACCUAAGCCCGCAGAGAGUGAGGGAAUGGAUCGCUUACCACGCGAGAUUCUUCGGGGAGAAGUCUCAUUUCGUGCUUCACGACGCCGGAGGGGUUGGAGAGGAAGUGCUGGAGGUGUUACGGCCGUGGAUUGAGCUCGGGAGAGUGACGUUGCACGAUAUUAGGGAUCAGGAACGGUUCGAUGGUUAUUAUCAUAAUCAGUUUAUGGUGGUGAAUGAUUGUUUGCAUAGGUACAGGUUCGAUGCGAAGUGGAUAUUUUUUUUCGAUGUUGAUGAGUUUAUCAGUAUUCCUCCGAAGACUACGAUCUCGUCGGUGAUGGAGGCUUUAGAGGGGUAUUCUCAGUUCACUAUUGAGCAGAUGCCUAUGAGUAGUCAGCUUUGUUUCUCCGGUGAUGGUCCGGCGAGAACUUACAGAAAAUGGGGAUUUGAGAAACUGGCGUAUAGAGAUGUGAAGAAAGUCCCACGACGGGACAGGAAAUACGCGGUUCAACCGCGUAACGUGUUUGCGACGGGUGUUCACAUGUCGCAGAAUCUACAAGGGAAGACAUACCACGGAGCAGGAAGCAUAAUACGCUAUUUUCACUACCACGGUUCAAUCUCGCAGCGUCGAGAGCCUUGCCGUCAUCUUUUUAACGGGACUCGCAUCAUGUUUGAUAACAAUCCUUACGUUCUUGAUACUACGAUGCGUGAUAUUGGCCUUGCGGUUAAGACGUUUGAGAUUAGAACGAUUGGAGAUCGGUUGCUUAGGACACGGCAAUGAUAACAAAUUAUAGUGGAGUAAAUUAGAAGGGAUGUUUUUCACUUUGCACUGUCUUGUAAAAUCUUGAAAGGUAUUUUUUAGGCGAAUGUAAUCUAUGGAGCUUUUACUUUCUAUCUAGUAUUCUUUUGUUGUAUUAUAAAAUGGGGUUCAUAGAAUCAUACAGCUCAGAGUCACUUGGUAUAUAAGCAUCUCUGUUAUGGGAUUUAUAAUAUUUUUUGGUUAUUUGUAUUUGGAAAAGUGGUCUCUUUAAUUAUAAGUAUUAGUGAAAGUAGUUGUGGUC